GAACCUGACAUCUCGCUCCACCAUCCUCUAUAAAACACCCACACCCAACCAUUUCCCCAGUAAUAACCCCACUAAACACACCACCAACACCUCGACACUGAACACACGUCCACCAUCUUCUCUCUCCAAUGGACAAACCCGUAACGGAGCUAUGGCGACCCGACCCGGUUUUCCGGCCACCGGAAACACCACGUGAGCCCAUGGAAUUUCUUUCACGGUCAUGGAGUGUGUCAGCUUUAGAGGUAUCAAAAGCCGUGGCCCCACAAAUGGUCUUCUCUGGCAAGACCAUCCCAUGCGGUGCUGGUGGUAUGAUACAGGAGGAUAUCAUUGGAGAGUUAGAAGAGGGUUGUGCUACCGUUUCUGGAAACCCCUUUUCUUUUGCUUCCUCCGAGACAUCCCAGAUGGUCUUGGAGAGAAUCAUGUCACAGUCGCAGGAGGUAUCUCCACGCACUUCAGGCCGACUCUCUCACAGCAGUGGACCUCUCAAUGGGUCCUUAACGGACAGUCCUCCUGUCUCUCCAUCUGAGAUGGACGAUGUCAAGUUUUGUCGACCCAACAAUCCGCCUAAUAUACAGUUCCGUCCACCUGCUGUCACUCCUGGUGGUAAUGCCCUCACAGUAGCCGCUGCCGGUGGUGGUGGUAAGACUGUUGGUAGGUGGUUGAAGGACAGGAGAGAGAAGAAAAAGGAGGAGGUGCGGACCCACAACGCGCAGCUUCAUGCUGCAAUAUCUGUGGCAGGGGUUGCUGCCGCUGUCGCUGCAAUUGCAGCUGCAACAGCUGCCACUUCGGGGGCUGGGAAAGAUGAGCAAAUGGCAAAGACUGACAUGGCGGUGGCAUCCGCUGCUACAUUGGUGGCCGCACAAUGUGUGGAGGCAGCAGAGGCCAUGGGGGCAGAGCGUGAGCGCCUUGCAUCUGUGUUGAAUUCUGCGCUGACUGUGCGUUCUGCAGGUGAUAUCAUGACAUUAACUGCUGCUGCUGCUACUGCAUUACGUGGUGCAGCAACGUUGAAGGCGAGGGCAUUGAAGGAAGUCUGGAAUAUUGCUGCGGUCAUUCCAGUGGAUAAAGGAGUAGGGGUGGGUGUUGGAAAUGGCAGUAAUGGUAGUUCUAAUGGUAGUUUCAGUGGUGAACUUGUGCCUGAAGAGAAUUUCCUGGGCAUCUGCAGCAGGGAAUUGCUUGCCAGAGGUUGUGAGCUCCUCAAGCGCACUCGCAAAGGUGACCUUCACUGGAAGAUAGUUUCUGUUUAUGUCAACAAAAUGAAUCAGGUUAUGUUGAAGAUGAAGAGCAAACAUGUCGCUGGGACCAUUACAAAAAAGAAAAAGAAUGUGGUGAUCGAGGUGAUCAAAGAUAUGCCCUCCUGGCCAGGCCGCCACUUGCUAGAGAGAGGUGAGCAAAGGCGGUAUUUCGGUUUGAAAACUUUGCAACGGGGAGUUAUCGAAUUUGAGUGCUCGAACCAGAAGGAAUAUGAUCUCUGGACUCAAGGCGUCGCAAGACUUCUCUCCAUUGCAGCAGAGAAGGGCAACAGACAUAGAAUGCGAGUGUGACCAUCUACUGGGGGGUUACUUUUGCAAAUGAUCUACUUGGGGGGUUACU